AUGAGCGACCUCACCAGCCUGGCACAAGAUGCCACUCAAUGGUCAACCAGAGAAUUGUUGGCCGAGCUCCAACGACGGCAAAACGCGACCGGCCGACCGAAAUGCGGUGGAAAGGGCCAGGGAUGGUAUGACUUGGCCGCCCACGUCUUCGCUCUGUUCCUCAUCCUCGCCCUGAGCACACUGGCCUGCGGAUUUCCCCUCAUUGGGCGACGCGCGACGACGGGACAAUCGCAGAGCCGCCUCAUCUUCUACUGCCAGCACGUCGGCACCGGCGUCUUGCUCGCGACCGCCUUUGUCCAUCUCCUCCCGACGGCAUUUGAGUCGCUGACCGACCCCUGCCUCCCCGACUUCUUCAGCAAGGGAUACACACCCCUGCCCGGCCUCAUCGGCAUGGUCUCGGCCAUCAUCGUCGUCGGUGUCGAGUCGUACCUGACGGCCCGCGGCGCGGGGCACUCGCACUCGCACAGCCACGCUACAUGGGAGGAGCUGGAAGGCGAAGACCACGAGGAGUACCACAUGAACGGUCUUGCGGACCGACGCAACCACCGCCCCGACACCCUCACCGUAAGCGAUCCGGAUGCCGAGGCUGCCGAGGGCCUUGUGGCCGGCGCCUCGCCGCUGCCCGGAUCGACGCCGACGACGAAUCGGCCGAGGAAGCAUUCCCUCGACAAUGCCUUUGCUGACGGCGACUCGGACCUCGACCUCGAUCUGGAUGAGCUGGAUCCCGUCCCCAACGGCAACGGAACCGGCCGGUACACAACCGUGAAGCGUGGAGCUGGCCACAGGCGAACAGACUCUAGCAGUCUUCCUCCACAGACACCUGAGCAGCAGAAGCGCCAAAUGUUGCAGUGCUUGCUACUCGAGGCUGGUAUUCUGUUCCACAGCGUCUUUAUUGGAAUGGCGCUGUCGGUCGCCACCGGCCCCGCCUUUGUCGUCUUUCUCGUAGCCAUCAGCUUCCACCAGUCCUUUGAGGGUCUGGCGCUGGGCAGCCGUAUUGCCGCGAUCCAGUUCCCCCGCAGCUCGCCGCGCCCGUGGCUCAUGGUCCUCGCCUAUGGCGUCACGACCCCCAUCGGGCAGGCCAUUGGUCUGUUUGUGCAUCGCAUCUACGACCCUGCCUCCAUGGGCGGCCUGAUCACCGUGGGUGUCAUGAACGCCAUCUCUGCGGGCCUCCUUCUCUACGCCGGUCUGGUACAGCUGCUGGCCGAGGACUUUCUUUCGGAGAAGAGCUUCAAGGUUCUCAAGGGCCGUAAGAGACUACACGCCUAUCUCUGUGUCGUUGCUGGAGCUACAUUGAUGGCGCUUGUUGGCGCCUUUGCGUAA